GUGCUGGCUGACACUGAGGACCGACAGCGUGGUGUUUGAAAGAGUAUUUGAAAGAAUAAAAGAUGGAAGACAAGGUUUUAGUGGGCUGCAGAGCACAGGCACAGAAAGGGCAUAAGCGCGGUCUUCAGGAGCUGAGGGUCGUCCUUCUGGGGCACGACUGGCUGGAGAAGAGCUUGACAGGGAACACCCUCCUCAGCCGACAGCUGUUUGAUACCAGCAGAGACGUGAAGAUGUGCGUCAGGAGACAGGGUGUUCUUGACAACGGCCGUAGAGUUAUUGUUGUCAACAGCCCUGAAAGGUGCAUCCAUUACUCUGUCCGAGACCCCGGCCUGGUGAGCGACAACAUGGCAACCUGCAUGGCCAUGUGCCCGCCAGGACCUCACGCCUUCCUCAUGAUCAUACCCAUCAGCCCUCACAGAGGCAGAGAGUGGACAGUUGAGGGACCUCUUGAGCUGCUGAAUGACACAGUGUGGAGAAACACGAUAGCAAUAUUCACCAGAUGUGAGAGGCUGAGAGGAUCAUCUGUAGAGGACUACGCUGCAAGACACAGCUUUCUCAAAGCAGUUUUGGAGAAAUGUGGACAUAGAUACCACCUUUUAGACACAAGCAUUUGGGGAGACGAUGAUGAUACUCAGGUUGCAGAACUUUUGGAGAAGAUUGAUGCAGUGGUUGCAGGAAACAUAAAAGCAGGAGGAGCUGGUUAUGUGACUACAAAUGAGGAAGUCUCUAGAAUAACUGGGAGGGAAAGGAAAGAGGUAGAGGAGAGGGCGACUCUGAGGCGAAUGAAUGUGCAGAUGGCCAGGAGCACACUCAGAUCUCUCAUAGGAGAGUCUCCUCCGAUCUCAAUGCUUCGAAUUCUUAUCGUGGGACCGAAGCAGGUUGGGAAGAGCUCAGCUGGAAACACCAUUCUUGGGGAGGAAGUAUUUCCUGCUGGAUAUCCAACAUCACAGUGCACUGAGAGACAGGGUGAUGUUCAUAACAAGCGAGUCACUGUGGUUGAGGCUCCUGGCUGGCAUGGCAGAUACUGCUCAGAUGACACUCCACAGGAGGUACAACAACAGAUUACCCACAGUGCAUCUCUGUGCUCCCUUGUUCCCCAUGCUGUCCUGGUGGUCGUACGCAGCGAUGAGACUUUCACUGAAACAGAUCGCUUGAAAAUGGAGGAACACUUAAUCCUUGUUGGAGUUUGGGCGUGGGCUCGAGCCAUCGUGUUGUUUACUUGGGGAGACAAGCUGGGAGUCACCCCCAUUGAGAAGCACAUUGAGAGAUGGCCUGCCCUUCAGUGGUUGGUGGACAAAUGUGGGAAUAGAUAUCAUGUUUUUGAUAACUCAGACAAGGUUGGAGACCUUCAGGUUAGGGAACUGCUGGCAAAGAUUGAGGAAACAAUGGUGGGAAAUGAUACUGGACACUUGUUGCGUGGUUUUAUGACACUCCAAGAAAGCAACAGGCAUCUGGAUCUGAUCUCCAAAAACAAAGCAAGACAGCUAAAGAGGGCAAGGAAGGACAAUGAUCUGCUGAGGCAAACAGUCGAGCAGAAGGAGAGGGUAGUACAGGACAUGAUUAAAACAGCUAAAGGGAAAGAUGAGCAGAUUGAAGCUCUGAAGGCAGCAGCAGAGAGGAAAAAUAAAGACUAUGAAGAAGAGAUUGGCAGAAGAUUAGCAGAGGCUGAGAGGGAGAACAACCAGCUCAAACAAGUCAUUAUGGGCAAAGACAGAAUAAUAACAAGCUUGCGUGAAAGAUGUGCUGUGAAAGAUGAUGUGAUUAAAGCUACAAAGCAGAGCAGCGAGCUGGAAAAGGAACAGCUGGAGGAGAGAGUGAAGGAAUGGGAGCAAGAGAUGGCAGCCUUCAAGAAAAAUUGUGAGGAGAAAGAUAAAGAGCUGAAUCAAAUGAUGAUCAAUCACAAAAGAGAAGCAAAAGAUUUUAAAGAAACAAUAGAACAGCUGAAGAGAGAAAAAGAGGAUAUAAAGAAGGUGCUGGAAGCCACAAGUGAAGGGAUGCAGAGGCACUAUCAGAAAAAAGACACCAAAAAUGAGAUGAACACUGUGCACUCUAACAAAGGUCACAGGAAAACAAUGAUGGACCUCAUGUUAUUGGAGGAUCUUGGCCAACGAAAAUGGGCAUUCACGGUGCCAUUGAGCCACCAUGGAGACACUGUCAGACCCAUUACAGAGACAGAACAGAAAAAGGUGGCGGUGUUGGACAACGACAUCAUGUCACAUGAGAAGAAUGAGACUGCAAACCAAGAGGGGCAACUUAAGGCUGACUGCACUCCGUCGUGGCUGAGGGCUGGAGGCGCUGCACUGGGAGCUGUAUUUGGGGCCCUUGCUGGCUCCUCCAGGGUGGCAACAGGGUUCAGUACCCGGUCAGCUGUUGGGGCUGCAGCUGGGGCUCUGCUGGGCAGCUUACUGGUCCAAAGAGUCAAGCUCCAGCAGGGGAACAUAUAGUCAGACACCAGUGGUGUGUACUGGCUACCUGCCAUACCAGGACAAAUCCACAUCAGUGAGCUAGUUUAAAAGAUUCAAAUGUUUACUAGCCCUGUGGCCCUCUCUGUGUGCCUGUCAUUCAUGAGAGCUUGCUACGUGUGUGUUCCAGGACUAAGUUCACUGGCCAGUUAAAACCAAGUCAUUUAAACUUGUGUUUACAUCAUAGGCCCUGUAGCCUAUUAGGUCACUAUUUUUGCAGUUGUAAAAUGGUGGAUGAAGGAAAAAGGUAUCCACCAAAAUAGCCGAAACAUCUCCAAUCAAAUGAUACCUGCAUUCAAUUCUCUUGCACCGGGGUCUGAUCCCAGACCAUUGCGACUCCCUUUUGGAUCAGCAACUUUCUGUUGCUGCCAUCUCCAGAGAUGCUCUCCUUCCAGUAAGUAGUUUAGCAUCUGCCCAGUUAGCAUGAGCUAACACAUCACUAGAUAACACAGAAAUUUUUAAAUGUACUUUUACGAAGAUUGAUUGCUCCACAAGUGACAAACUGAUUGCUCUCAUUUCCACUGACUGCAAUAGUGUACGUAAAGAAAGAAUUCAAAAUAUUGUUAAAAAUUCUGUGUUUGAAAUACGAUUCUGAAAAUUUACCACACUAGUUCUACCAUGGCAAAAUAUUUGUCUUUUUUCCCUGAACACUGGAGAUUUAUUUGCUGUGGCUGUUUACACUGAAACAUUAUGAUGCACUGUGGGUCAAAUUUUUUAUAUUUUAAAAAUCUGGCAGUCGGAGGAUACUGUGUGGCAAGAUUGAUGACAGUUGAAAAUGUGGGAGGAGACAGGUUUAAUUAGAUUUACAGUUUUUGAGAAAAACCUUCAUAAAUCCAGCAGUUCAAAGCAUCUAAGCAUUACUGCUGAAAUGGGGCUACAAUUUGGUGAAUAUUGCAAAACUGUAAAACAUUAUUGAUUUGUCAUGACUUUUCAAGUUUCUAACUUUAGACGGUUGCAAUAGCGCCACCAUCAGGACUAUCAGCCCAUAAAAUUUAAGUAGAGGUACCUUGGCAUAGGAAGGGAUCUAUGUGCAAAGUUUUGUUUAUUUAGAUGCAUGGACAGUAUGAUUUCAUGGAAAGAAGAAUAAUAAUAAUACUAAUAUUGGCAAAACAAGAGGGACCAAGGGACCUUGUGGCUUUACAAAUGUUUUGUCAACUAAAAAGAUGAACCCUUGCUAACAGAGAUAAGGCAGGCAUGUGUACACACAUGCCUGCGUAGCCACUUUUGACUCCAAAACUAUCAUCAUGUUUGCUGACGACACAGCUGCAGCGGGCCCGAUCACAUAUAACAAUGAAAAGGCAUACAUGACAGAGGCAGAGGACCUUACCCGCUGGUGUCAGUACAACAACCUCCUCCUUUUAGGAAGACUAAAGAGAUGAUAGGGGAGCGUAUCUGUGUUUCCAGGGUUCUAUGUUUCCCACUUAACCCUGCAAAAAAGGUUCUAUGUUCCCCACUUACACAAAAAGGUUCUAUGUUUCCUGGGUUCUGUGUUGCCCGCUCAACCAAGUGGGAAACAUAGAAGCUUUUUUGCAGGGUUAAGUGGGGAACAUAGAACCCGGCAAACAUAGAACCCUGGAAACAUAGGGAUGACCCCGAUGAUAGUGGGGAGGAAGCUGCAAAGGAACUACUCUCCAAUUUCACUGGAAUUGUAUUUUAUACAAUUUCAUGUGUCAAAGAAAUUGAUAAUGACGAAAUUGUAAUAAAUGGUUUUA